AUGGCUGCUCAGUUCAGGAGCACUUCAUGGGACCCAAUACUCAUCAUCUCCCAAAUCAUCACCAUGCAAUGUAUUUUUUACUUUGGAUUUGGUUUCUGUACAUUAUUCGUUGAUUUAGUAACCGGAUCACUACACUCUCUUGACCAAAUGUUUUCCUAUCAGGCUGUAAGUAACCAAUCAUUUAUUUAUGAGUUAAAGAGGGAAGGUGUGAUGCUAAACUUCCGAGAUGUGCGAGGAGAACUCUUGAUUGCGGCCACAUUCUUAAAUUCAUUAAUCGGGAGUUUGGGCUUGUGGUAUGUCAUUCAGCGAACAAAAUUAUGUUGGGAUUUCACAGCCACUGUAUACAUUCUACACGUAAUAAUAUGCUGGUCUGUUAACAAAUACCUAUCCACCUCCAUAUUCUGGUGGUUGCUGACCUGUAUGAAUGCCAUUGUUAUGACUGUCUUAGGGGAAUAUCUCUGCAUGAAAACUGAAUUAAAAGCCAUACCACUCGUUGGUACAAAAGUCGAUUUAUGA